AUACCGGUACGCUAGCUAGCCGAACGAAUGUAAUAAUGGCUGCGGAUUGUCAGAAAACGAAAAUACUCCUUCACUGUGCGUAUGACUUGUGGAUAGAGCACAGGAAAGCAUACGCGAGUAAACUGGAUAAUGCAGCGAUGGAAAGUCAGAGUUUGAAUGAAAAGUUUGCCUUUCAUCUGCUUGAGCUUCAUACACUUUGCAAUUCGUGUUUCGGACCGCCAGGCGAGUCGGUCAGCAGCGGGCUCAGAUUGUGCCCGGCUGCGCCGGCUCCAUCAGCAGAGGUUGACUCUGAUAAUGAUAUUCUCGUAUCGGCGAUGAACAUUGACAGGGAGCUAGAGUCGCCAGGUUCUAAUCUGGAGCCAUCCAUAUCGUCCAAAUGCAGAUCAUCAAGCAUCAACCCUUAUUCUGCUUCCGCAUCAGUUAAACAUAGACUCGAAGCUCCAGUACACAGAGAGACACGUCCUGCAAUAAAGAGUAAAACACCAUCACCUGGAGGUACUAGUCCAGGAAAGAGGAUACGACUUGAUCAACCCUCUGAAAGUGAUGAUCUGUACCAGGUCCUCAACAUCAAGGAAGAAGAACAAGAGGACUGGGCAGAAGACGCUGGAAACAAUGAACAGCCAACAGACCUGGAAAGUACCACUUCGGAUCAGUACCUAGAUGGAAAUUCAAGCCUGGUGAGCCUCGAUGUGAAACUGCCUCCUGAAUCUCCAGAACAGAGCAGACUGGAGGAUGAUCCAUGCCAGCUCAAGUCAGCUCAAGGGAUCGGUGAAGCGAUAGACAAAGGAGAUACUGAACCUGUUCAUGAAACUCGGACACCAUACAAGCGUAUCUCUGAUGAUGACAGACGGCGCGUGGUUGAAGCCUUUGAGGGAAAUGAACAAGACUAUCUAGAAAUGGCAGAUAAUCUUGGAAUAAAGAGGUCUACGGCUCGUUCUAUUGUGCGCACUUAUCUGGAAACGGGUAGAGCUGUAAAGCUUCCGAGGGGCGGAGCCCGCAACUCCAAGAUGGAUGAAGAGGUAAGAAACUACCUGCGGGCUGCUGUUGAAUCCAACCCACGACUUACACUCUCCCAGAUGAAGGAUAAACUGCAGGAAGAUCUUCCUCAGAAGCCAGAUCUGUCGAUGUCGACGAUUGCCAGAGCUCUUGACGGGAUGCUUGUCUCUUUGACGCUAACAGAGGAUGCACAUUGUUCAAGGAACAGCCCAAGGGUUCUCCAACAACGAAGGGAGUACGCAGAGUGGUUCGUCCAACGUAGUGUUGUUGCUCACUGUGUGUUCAUUGAUGAGUAUGGUUAUAAUAUAUGGACACGUCGCACUCAAGGAAGGAACCUACAGGGUACUUCAGCUAGGAGGAUAGUACAUGGGCAAAGGGGUCAUAACUGUAAUGUAAUGCUUGCAGUUUCUGCAACUGUUGGUCUUGUGCACAGUGAGAUAGACUUUGGUACGGUCACCCAUGAGCGGUUUGAGCGCUUCCUUGGAGCCACAUCCACAGAGUGCAACAAGUUGUUUCCUGAGAAUGCCCAAAUUGUCUUCAUCUAUGACAGUGCCAAGCCUCAUCUGAGAGCUAACCUUCCAGUCAACGUCCAUGCUGUCAUGGAAGCAAAAAUCCUUCCACCCUUCUCACCAUUCUUAAAUAUAGCUGAAAUGGCGCAUUGUGCGUUCAAGGAUGCAGUGAUGACAUGUUUAGCGCAGCCUGCAUGGCAAUGUAGGAUUGAAGAUAAGAUGGGGGCUGAGCAAUCUGGAGUCAACCUUCAACAAUGGCGAUCUAACCUCCUGAAAGAGAUUGCAGAGCAGUGUAUCGACACCAUUACCCCUGCUAAAUGCACCCAGUGGUUUAACCACUCCAAGACAUAUCUGCCAAUGUGCCUAAAUAGUCAGGAAAUCACAGGCAAACUCUUAGAAUAAAGUGCAAUUUAGAGAAAAACUCCCUGAUUAAUAUGAAAAAAUGAGAUAUAUAAUAAGUCUAUGAAUGAGUUACCUAUUCUCUACAUUAUGCUCACACUCGCAGACUUAUACCCUCAAGCUUUUUUUUCAUCUUUAUUUGCAAAGUGGAUGAUGAUAAACAAGAUGAAAGAAUCUCACCCAACCAUUUAGUUUUAGGAUAAAAAUAGAAUUAGUCUACAUUUAACCUACAAAGGUAUUCAAUGAGAAAAUAUAAAGUGUAAGACAAGAAAUUUGAAAAGAAAAGAUUAAUUUUGAUUGAAAAUUUACAUUUAUUUAAUAAGUGAUUUAGGAUUAUAAGAAUAGUGAGUGGUGAAUACAUGCAUACCUCAACUGAAACUAAUGUUCAAAUAACAGAGAGCUGAAAACUAUUAGAAACAGUCAAAUGUUUGAACUGUGAGUUUAAAAGUUUUCUUUCAUCAAAUAUCUUAGUGCAAACCUGUUGCCUGCAUGUACAAUAAAGAGGAAUUGUUGAUCUAUAUCUGUGACAAAGGAAACAAUUUUGUGAAAUGAGUUGCCUAGUAAAUUAAGAAACAUGUCAUUGUUUUAUGUUAGAAUUAUAUUGAGUUAUUUUGUUUUGAAUCGUCUACAUGUCAUCAGUAAGGGGCAAUGUGACUCCACUGCUUAGCAUUGAUAUGAGCAUACAGAAAGUAUUCAAAAUCAAGGAAAAAGGUCAAUUUAAA